UUCCUAUCGUGAUUGUAAAAGCAUUGUUAUUCCUGUGAUUGUGGUCACCCUUUAUUAGUUAUGUAUGUUUUAAGUGUAUAAUUCAUAUCUCUGACCCAAGACUGCAAAAAUGUGAAAACAGCAACUCCACAAAGGAAGAAAAAGAAGCCUUUUUCCCCCUGAGGAAAACACCCUACUCUUUAAGUGAGCAAUAAAUCUAGCACUUAAGAGAGGUUGUCCGUGUGUGUGUGUGUAUUUGAGCGUGUAAAUGUACUCAGAGUCCUCAAGUCCACAACCUCUAGAGCUGUCAAACACUGCCCGGGCCCCGCAACUUCCGUAACCCGUGACCCCUGUAACUCCUGUUUUGUUCUCGGCACUCCAGGCCCCUCAGAUAUCCCUCCACUGGAACUCCCCUAGAUGACAGACACCCCUCUCCACUAUGUUCCUACACACUACCCCAGUAGCCUUUGACCUCUCCAGCACCUCUGCCUCUCUGUGCGACUGCCCUUGCAUUCCAGUAAAGGCGCUGAAACUUGAGCCUGCGGUGAGCUCAUCGCCGGGGCCAUGGAAUCAAGAGUUAAAUGAUACCAAAAAAAAAAACAGAGAGAGAGAAGAGAGAAAACGGAGAGAGAAGGGGGAGAGGCAGCCGUUGGUGCAGGACAGGUCUGGAACUGGUUCCGUGCGUCUGCUCUUCGGGGGUUAAGUUACACCAGAGAAAGCGAGGAGGAGAAAGAGAAAAGAAGAAAGCGCUGGCGUGUUUGAAUUCUCUCUGCUUUUGUCUGCCUCGUUCUUGCCCUCUCGCCGUCUCUCAGCGGCCUGACUGACUGGUGCCUGCAGUUUCCUCUUGACACACUCCGGCGAACCCGCCGCCCUCCAUCCGAGCUUUCAAGUUAACGAGCCCCGUCGGUCUUGUCCUCGUGUCAGGGAGAGCUGGGAUGUGAGUGUAAUGCCGUGAGGUCGCCGCUCUCCUACUCUGUCUGCGUCUCUGUUCUUCCUUGACCCUGCCAUGACCACCAAGUGUCCAAAGACGGUCUCUGGAUCCAAAUGUCACCCCCCCUGGAUUCUGCCCCGGUCGGGGACCAGCAGUGUGUGACGGACAGGCGAGUGGAGCCUGUGGUGGCUCUCUACUGCGUGGCUUCAAAUUGGCCCUGGCUGAGCUCUGCAUGGAGCAGCGAGUGAAGAGUCCUGCUAUGGUCUGAUGUCUCAGCAUGGAUGGAGUCAGUCAGAGGACCGGCCACCACUAAUGAGACCAUCGUUCUUCAGCUGAGGACUAGCAUUUACAGGAUUACUCCCACGGUUUCCUGCUCGUUUUCCAGCUAACUGCAUCAUUACCAAACUCUCCUAGGUGGACCUUUCGUGGGUCUGGUUUUUGGUGGAUAUAUUCGUCAUUGCCUUUCUGAUUUUCAUAUUUGUUUCAUUUCCUCCCAGUUCUUUUUUAUUGUUGGUUUCCCUUUUCCUGUUUUGUUUUUCCACUAUGGAGUUUCUUACUGGACCCUGGAAUAAAGAUUGGGCUUCAUUCUUGCAAUUUUGGUUGACUGUCAUCCUAAGCCUCCAAAUGCAAUUCAGCCCCGGUGCCUCUUGCCCGGUGGAGUGUCGUUGUGACAACCCGUUUGUGUACUGCAAUGAACGCAGCCUGACAUCAGUGCCUCUGGGGAUACAGGAAGGCUUUAAGGUCCUCUUCCUUCAUAACAACCAGAUAAACAAUGCUGGCUUCCCCAUGGAACUUCACAACCUGGCUACCGUAGAGACUGUGUAUCUCUACGGCAACCAGCUGGACGAGUUCCCCAUCAAUCUGCCCAAAAAUACCAGGGUCCUGCAUCUCCAGGAGAACAAUAUCCAAACGAUCUCCAAGGCAGCCCUGGCCCAGCUGACCAAACUAGAGGAGCUGCACCUUGAUGAUAACUCCAUCUCCACGGUUGGGGUGGAAGAAGGGGCCUUUAGAGAGGCAGUAAGCCUCAAACUCCUCUUCCUUACCAAGAACCACUUAAGCAGCGUUCCCAUUGGCCUUCCCGAGGACUUAAAAGAGCUGCGGUUGGAUGAGAACCGCAUUGCUGUAAUUGCAGAGGAGGCCUUUCAGAAUGUGACACGCCUGCAGCGCCUCCUGCUGGACGGGAACCUGCUGACGGAUGAGGGUAUUGCACCGGGGACCUUCCAGGACCUGGUAAACCUCCGUGAGUUGGCCCUAGCACGCAAUUCACUCACCUUUCCCCCUCCCCUUCUACCCAGCCAGUCACUGGUCAAACUCAGCCUGCAGGAGAACCAGAUCGACCAGAUCCCUGUGGCGGCCUUCGCUGCCCUAAACAGGCUGGAAAAACUAGAUAUCUCCAGCAACCAGCUACAGACUCUGACACAGGGUGUGUUCGAUGGCCUGUCGAGCCUAAAGCAUCUGAUGGUGCGAAAUAAUCCCUGGCGCUGUGACUGUGCUGUGAAAUGGGUGGUGGUCUGGCUCAAAUCUCUGCCUUCCGCCAUCAACGCCCGAGGGUUUGUGUGCCUAAGUCCAGAAAAGGUGCGUGGCAUGGCAAUCAGAGAGCUCACGUUGGAUAUUAUAGAGUGCCCAGUUGAUGCUGACCUGCCGCCCUGGCCCACUCUCCGUUCCACACCCCCUCCACCACCCACAACCAUCCCUGUCACCACCAUGAUCUCCACCCUCAUGACCACAUCCAUCCCUUACUACUUUGAGUCACCAUCCCCUCCUUUACCCCCAAUCCAUAACAUCCCUCCCGGUCCCCUGCCUCCUUACGAGGACCCCCUUCAGAUUUCCUUCCAUGUGGUCAACUCCACCAAUAUCGAAGUGAGCUGGGCUUCUUAUUUCACCGUCACAGCCUACAAGGUCACUUGGGUCAAAAGGGGCCAAAGCCAAAUAAAUGAAGGAAUGCGGGAAAGGACGGUCAGUGGGGACCGGAGGCAUAUUAGCCUGACUAACCUGGAGCCCCGGUCUGUGUAUCGGAUCUGCGUGCACGUGCUGGACACCCUUAACUCCUACAGGCCUGGAGAGGAUACUAUAUGCUCCGAGGCCAGGACCAAGGCUGCCGUGCCUAUUAAGACUGAUAGAGAGCAAGCUCCUCAGGAGAGCAUCAGCUCUACACUGCUAAUGGCUGGGAUCAUAGGCGGGGCCGUGCUUAUCAUCCUGGUAACGCUGCUCAGCCUAUUCUGCUGGCACAUGCACAGGAAGAGCCGGUCAUCUUCGACCAAGUGGAAAUACAACCGUGGCAGGAGAAAAGACGACUACUGCGAGGCUGGAACCAAGAAGGAUAACUCCAUUCUGGAGAUGACUGAGACCAGUUUUCAGAUAGUGGCGUUGAACAAUGAGCAGCUGCUCAAGGGAGAUUUCCGCAUUCAGCCCAUCUACACGCCCAAUGGGGGCAUUGGAUUUAGAGACUGUCACCUUAGUAACAACAGCAUAGCUUACUGCAAGAGCAGCAACGUGCCCAGUACAGAGUUCUGCCACACGUGAUGCAGCAGCAAAUAGUACAGAGGCAUUCACACACACAAACACACACACACACACAAACACACACAAACACUCAACAAUACAUGCAUAAAUACACACACAUACAUCAUUUGUGUAGACAACAAAAAACAUAAAAAUUCUAGUAAAAUAUAACUGUACUAUAUAUAUUUCCAAGUUCUGUCUACAAUGUAAUUUAUACUGUGGAUAAUAAUGUGGGAUUCUCUGCUAUCUUUUUUAUUCUUAGAAAAAGAGAUACAAGUGUUUCUUUUUUUAUAACCAGCAGGGUUUUGAAAGUUGUUUUAUUGGUCAGUACUGUACAUGAACAUGGAUUUGUACAAUCACGGCACCCUGGGUGUAGCUCCUGACGAACGCUGUCAGCCUUGGAAAUGUAAGGGGCGCUUUAGAGGGCUGGGAUCCUUUGCUAACCACAGAAGCAAAAAAAAAAAAAAAGGUCUUUUUCUUUGCGCAUUGAAACAUUGCAAACCUACCCCCCCAGUACAACAGAACAGUAGUAAAGACAACACAGCACAGGGGAAAUCCAAACACUGCUGAUUAGAGCACUGUGGAAAAAUAGCACUGGUUCGCUGGUGGCAUGUUGUAAAAAAGAAUUGAAGUGCACUUUUUUAUUAAUGGAAGCGAGGCACGAAACGAGCAGAGGUUGGUGAUCACAUGUAAGGGAUUGCGAAUGGUUGUGUAGGGAGAAUGUCAUCGGUGCUGUGGAGAAGCACGAGCUGAGAUUUCCCAAAAGUGCCUUUAACACUAAAAACAUCUUUGUUCUGUUGGUGUUGAACAACGGUGGGCUUAGUCAAAAGACACUUUUUAGGAAACUCUAAAAAAAAAACAGGAUGUGUCAUUUUCAGCACAUUUGGGUCUUUUUAGUGUGGAGGUGCAAUUAUUAACACGAGUUUCAAAAGCAACAAAGGAUUAUUGUUCCUAAUGAGGUGCAUGUAUGUGCUGAGACGUGCAGAUCCUUUUGAAGAAAUUCCCUAACUUGUUCUACUUCUUUUUUUAUUAUCCCCCUGUUUUGGUAAAGUGAGGCCACAAGGGGGCAGUUUCCCUCAGCAUCGUGUGUGGGACAGAGGAACAGAGGGCAAGACAGACACAGGGAAAGGGGGGAAAAAAAGCUACAUAGAUCACUUUACCUCCACCAUUCCCCUGGAGUCCAUUACCCAGACGACAUUACUCAUGCUCAAACAGCAUUGUUUAGAGUAUUAAUGCUCAUCGAGCUACUUAAUGAUGUGGAAUCAUUUAAAACAAACAGUGUUUUCUGGGUUUGGUGGUUAAAUGAUAUGGAUUUUCACCACUGUGGUUUAUCAACGGUGGGUUGAAGGCCUUGGUUUCUAUGUGUGUGUGUGUGUUGAGUGUGUGAUGAAUUUUCAGAAUGCACACGCAUACCGCUAAUUACACACCCACUUAUUUCAACCCCCGUCCCAGCGUUCAUUAGGCUUUUUAAUAAAUUAGGAAAUUACAACAGUAAGACCGCGCUCCGCCCAUGAUCCUUACAAUGCGCGGUUGUGACUGAGCAGCUCAUCUAGCGUCUCAUCAUUUAUUCUUUUGUGUACGUUUAUGAGACUGUCUGCUUCAUUUAUGGGGUGCUCACCUGAACAAUGCACCUGUUCACUCCACCACAUCAGCGUCUGCGGUGAUGACUCUCACCCCAUCUACCCUCAUUUUCUGUCUCGCUGUCUGUCUCUGCGCCUCUGAUCACUGCAUGGGCUCAAUUAAAACAGUUUUUCCUACCCUUCAGCUCCUGGACUGGUGGUGGCAGCUCUUUGCAUGUGAGGUGCCACUGAGAGGUCUUCAUUAUGCACUUCUUAAGAAGACUUUAUUUGAUUUGACAAGAUUUUAUUUUGAGGGGCCAAGCUAAAAGAAUUCCCACCGCUGACCCCUUAGCCCUCCUUCCCCUUCUCCUCCUUCUUCUCAUAAUCCUCGACCAAAAAAGGGAGGAAAAAUAUGUCGACUUUAUUUUCACUUGGCUGCUCGGAGCUCACACUGGGAGACAGAGAGCAUGUUAACUCUUUGUGAGGCACGCAGAUGCAGUUGCUCGAACAUACACGAUACACGAGAAUCAACACAAACCAGGACGUACGUAGGACGGAAGUAAAAUGUUUGUUUUUUUUAAGGGCUUGUGCUUGAUUUUUUCCACAGGGUUGAGAUUAUCUCUGAUAGGAUUCACCUCCGCACUUGGAAUAUCCUGAAGUAGCUGCACUUACUGAAAUUCCAGCAAUAGCUCAGAUCACAAUCCCAUGGGUGACACAGCCCCAGUGUUUAAUAUUCUGUCCAAGAUAAUGUGGGUACUGACAAACACAAUGACCGAAUGAAAUCUGUCUUAACAUGUCAUUUAGUGUCGUAUUAUGUCCUAAAAUCAUGUUUUUAAAACAGCUUUUUUCCAGUACAUCAAGAUCUUUUUUGUUGGAAUUUAAUUCGACAUGUUAGACCAUCUUGAAAAGACAAAAUCUCUGUUAACCGAGAAAACAUUUAAAGGAUUAAUCGGAUAUAUAUAUGAGCCAGAUGAGAUCGGAUUCCACCCUCUUGUCAAGUAAAUAUGAAUUCCUUUAUGGUGUGGCACUUUUACACGGAUUAAACAUACAUAACAGUAAGUCGUGAGCUUUAGAGUUGCUGACAGGUAGAUUUUGUUACCAUUGAAUGGAGCCAGGCUUACUGUUUACCCUGGCCUCCUGUCUUUGUGCUAAGCUAAGCUAAGUGGAUGCCUGCUGUAGCUUAGUUUACCACACAUAUAAGUAGGGUAUCAAUCUUCUCACCAAACUCUUGGCAAAAGCGUAUUUCACAAAAUGUCAACUAUUCCUUUACAUGAAAAAACUUUUUUUUGUUUGUUGAAAAAACAAGUUUAUUUCCUUUCCAAUCAAUGUUUGCAAUCAUGGCAGAUGAAGUACAUUUAUUUUACAUAAAAUCCAAUUUUAAGUCAUCAAUGUAUGACUUGUUUGGGUUUUAAGUUCGGGUUGAUUAAUGUGAAACUCUUCUGUGGUUAUCAAAGCAUCUCCACUUUUUAUUUUAACCUUUUUCUACUAAUAUCCACAGCGGACCAUAAACACUUGAGCAUUUACAUCAGAUAUUGCUUUGAUUAUCCUUUGAUAGAGAUGAAAGCCCUAUUUUAAGUCAUAUGCUGAUCAAACAAGGGGGUCACAACUAUUGCAACACAUAGUGAGUGUCUCCUCUGUGAAUGUGUAACGGAGACAGAUAUUUGCCUUACCUUUUAUGCAGGACUGAAUGAUUAGCGAGAGACAGAGCUAAGUGGGAGGAAGAAAGGGGUAGAAUAAAAGAUGGGACAUUAAAAGACGGCAACAAGAAAGCUGAACGGAAAGCACAUAUCUCCCAACAGAUUGCAGCCACGGCAGCAACAGUAACAGUAUUAACAGGAAGAACAACAUUAAGCGUUGACACACAGUAGUUAAUGAGAGACUGUUCAUCCAUAGUGCCAGACCUUAAGCAGGGCAUGGCUAAUGAGUCAACUAGACAGGGAAGGAGCUUUGGUGGUUGUUUUGCAGCGAACAUUACUCUUAAUUUUCUACUUGCUUGAUAAAAAGAACGCGGCUGCAGUGCUGUGACCAAUGGAAUUACACAAAUCGUAUCACAGACAGCUUGCGUGGAAUUAUUACUGUUUCAGGGUGCGGAGAAGUAAUUGCCCUUAAAGCUCAUUGACUUAAUAAUUAUGUUUAAUCUCUGAGAGGUCAGUUUAGACAAAGCACGAGUGGUUGAAACAUGUUUAAAGUCAUCUUUAAUUCCUGUAGGCAAAACCUUUCACUGCAAAUAUCUAUUAGCCAGUAACAUUCAUUCAAGGAUUUUUGCAUGUACUGUAUUUAGCUUCAUAGCCCUUCAUUUUUGUCAUACAGGGUUUUGGAAUUUCAAGUAUUUCUUCAAGCAGUCACCCAGUGGUGGUUGAGGUACAGUUUGAGCAACCAAACAGAAAGGUUGUCACAUGGUUAGGAGAAAGAAAAGGCUGGAAACUUACAGUGCAUGUAAAACGGCUAUGUUGGAAUAUUUUGCCAUCCAUCAAGACACAGUGUUACGUUAGCCACCCACACCAAGUUUUCUUAGGAACCAAAGUUAAAUUUCUGUUCUCAUGAUGAAAUAUUGAUGUUGUUCCAUGUAUGUGCCUUGAGGUUGAACUUACAAUGUAAAGUCCUUGAAACCUUUAAAUGUUUUUGCACAAACUGUAAAUACUUAAGUGAAGCUUUUUGAAAAUAAAAGAGCCAUUGGAUUUGA